AUGACCGUGAUCGACGAGGCAUUCGCGCGGCGGCACGCCAUCUACGCGGAGUCGAGCGCGUUCGCACCCUUGGGCUACACGACCCUGCGCGGCAUCAACCCGGGCGCGGAGACUAGGGCGCCGGUGGUGUUGGCGGCGGUCACGCUGCGAGGCAGAGAGUUUCGCAUCCGGGCUGCCGUCUCGCCACUCACGCGUAUGGAUAUCCUCGUGGGAAUGGACAUCCUGGAGGCGCUGUUCGCCGAUGGGCUGGCGCUAGGAAUCGUGUGUAUGCAGCAAAACCUGAUGCACGUAUGCUGUAUGGUCUAUGGAGACGAGCGACUGGAUGAGCGUCUUUUCGGAUGGACAGUGCUGCGACGGUGUAUCAUUCACUUUAUGCCACCAAUGCCCGUCUGGGUUUUUUGCGCCGAGUCGAACUGCGGGAUUCGAACUCGAGACCCAGUGGCAUAA